UCGGCGGGCGGAGCCGCCCCUCUCUCCCGCCCCUCCUCCUCCCUUUCCCACCCCUCGGAGUGGAGCUGCACAUGCGGCUGCUCCCUGUUCCGUCCCGCCCAGCCACAGUCGCGCAGGCACGGGUCCCUGCAGCCCCCAGCCGAUGGCAGGACAGUAGUCGCCUGUCAGGGGUUGUGAACGGCAGAGGCAGACGCAGCGGCUCCCGGGCCUCAGAGAGUGGGUGUCUCCGGAGGCCAUGGGCUACCCUGAGGUAGAGCGCAGGGAACCCCUGCCUGCGGCAGCGCCACGGGAGCGGGGGAACCCAGGCUGCGGCUGUCGCGGGGCCCCUGCCCGGGCGGGCGAAGGGAACAGCUGCCGGCUCUUCCUGGGUUUCUUUGGCCUCUCGCUGGCCCUCCACCUGCUGACGUUGUGCUGCUACCUAGAGUUGCGGUCAGAGUUGCGGCGGGAACGGGGAGCUGAGUCCCGCCUUGGCGGCCCGGGCACCUCUGGCACCUCUGGCACCCUGAGCAGCCCCGGUGGCCUGGACCCUGAUGGUCCCAUCACCCGCCACUUUGGGCACCCGUCACCUCAACAGCAGCCGUUGGAACCGGGAGAAACCACACUUGCCCCUGACUCCCAGGACCGGCACCAGAUGGCCCUGCUGAAUUUCUUCUUCCCUGAUGAAAAGUCAUACUCUGAUGAGGAAAGUAGGCGUGUUCGUCGCAAUAAAAGAAGCAAAACCAGUGAAGGAGCAGAUGGUCCAGUUAAAAACAAGAAAAAGGGAAAGAAGGCAGGGCCGCCUGGGCCCAAUGGUCCCCCAGGACCUCCAGGACCACCAGGACCUCAGGGACCCCCAGGGAUUCCAGGAAUUCCUGGAAUUCCAGGAACAACUGUCAUGGGACCACCUGGUCCUCCAGGUCCUCCCGGUCCUCAAGGUCCCCCUGGCCUCCAGGGACCUUCUGGUGCUGCUGAUAAAGCUGGAAGUCGAGAAAACCAGCCAGCUGUGGUGCAUCUACAGGGCCAAGGGUCAGCAAUUCAAGUCAAGAAUGAUCUUUCAGGUGGAGUGCUCAAUGACUGGUCUCGCAUCACUAUGAACCCCAAGGUGUUUAAGCUACAUCCCCGCAGCGGGGAGCUGGAGGUUUACUACAUCAACUUCACUGACUUUGCCAGCUAUGAGGUGGUGGUGGAUGAGAAGCCCUUCCUGCAGUGCACCCGCAGCAUCGAAACAGGCAAGACCAACUACAACACCUGCUAUACUGCGGGUGUCUGCCUCCUCAAGGCCCGGCAGAAGAUCGCCGUGAAAAUGGUGCACGCCGACAUCUCUAUCAAUAUGAGCAAGCACACCACCUUCUUUGGGGCCAUCAGGCUGGGCGAAGCCCCUGCAUCCUAGACUCCCCCCAUUUUGCCCCUGCCCAUGUCCCUGCCCCAGGUUUGGGAGCCGGGACUCCCAGAACCUCUAAGUGCUGCUGUGGAGUGAGGUAUAUUGGCGUUGCAGCCACAGAGAGAAACGCCCCUGUGCUAUUUAUUCCCCAGUGACUCCAGGAUGAUAAGGCCUGCUUGAUUUUCCAGAAUGACUUUGAUUUAACAGGACAGUUGAUGGAGCCCCAGGGUUUACAGAAAGCAGAAACCUUCUUUGGCUCCUUAUUGACUGGCUUAUGGCAUGACUCUUCAACCCCGAGGUCCCUGUUGUCAGAUUUAUCAUUGUUGCACUAAAAUGAGGAUCCAGGGCAGUGGACCAGAGAAAGUGAAGGUGCACUCCAGACUCUGGGGGUGAUCC